AUUGUGCUUCCCCGCGAUACCAACUGGCUGGCAACGUUGGGCCCGUAGGAAAAGAAACUCAACCGACGGUGUUUGGUAAUCAGCCACGCCGCAAAACGUCUGCCACAAUGGGGUCGACGCAAUUUGGCAAUUUCUUUAACUUUUGUCGAGACUCGACGCUACCGGUGUGCAAUGUACUCUCCAACAGUCACAGUCAAUCAGGGCCAUGGGGAGGUUGUGAGUUGGCGGGAAUUUCCCUUGGUGGAGGCCGCAAGCUGGGCAACCUUGGUUCCAUCCUUAUUGCUGCUUUUGCUAUCAUCGCAUCCAUCUACCUAUUGCUGCGGUCAGAGCGCAAGAAGGCUGCGGUAGGUCGAAGAGAAAUGCAACUGUUCCUUGCUAGCUUCAUCGUUGUCGAAUUAUGCGAAAUCUUUACUGUCGGGGACUUCCCGCUGGCCGGAAACGUUCGCAUUGCCUUCACUGGAAUCCACAUUGGCAUGAUCGUUGCGUCAACAUGGAUACUGAUGCUCAACGCCGUCGUGGGGUACCAAAUCGUCGAUGAUGGAACACCGCUGUCAAUGGGUUUAAUCAUGGCGUCUGCCGCUAUCCUACUCGGUGGUACGCUCUACAUUACCCUUGACACUGGUUUCCAAUGGACCGGCCAUUGGAACUCGUCUUACCAGCAGCCCAACCGUCACAUCCUACUUUACGUCUUGUAUCAGCUGGCGCCUCUAAUCUUCCUUGUCGCCUUCUUCGUCCUCGAGGCCGUUUUGGUCAUCCGUGUGUUGGGCGAAAUGCGCCCAAUGCUGUAUCUCACUGCCGCUCUACUCCUUUUCGCUAUCGGACAAAUCUUCAACUACGUUGUAAGCUCUCAAAUCUGCAAUGGAACCAACGGUGCAGUCGACGGCGCCCUCUUCGAGACCUUUUUCACUCUACUCGCUGUUGUUGCAGUGUGGGUAUUCUGGUCGAGCAUCACCGAGGAUGAUUGGCCCAUGCCUGUUGGAAACAACUUCCCCUAGAGUCGAAGUCAUAUUUUUGCGGAAAGUAACAGAGGAAAGAGUCACCCAAACUCCUACAUGACCAGAUUCAACAAGCAUUUUGACGACGAGGAUGAGCAUGAGCUUGUGGUGAUUUGCUGUCGUUGCUAAACUAAUAAUAUCGGAGGCCAUGCCGCCAUGCCUUCGCCAACGGCUAGUUUGCUUAUGGGCUUUGGGGCUCUGAGCAAUGUUUGCAGUGCUAUAAUGUAGCAUUGGAGGAAGCCAAAACCGGGCGGCACCGAAAAUUUGGUAU